CUAUGCUAAUAUGCAAAAUCAUUGACUCUUUUCCCAUCAAGCCACAACUUUAAUUUAAUCCUCUGAAACUUUGAAAAAAUCUUUCAGAAGAAAUUAAAGGAUGGCACAAAUUGAAAACAACAAUGCAGAUGGAAGAUGGUUUCUUCAUGGCAUGACUGCCCUAGUUACAGGUGGUACUAGGGGCAUUGGGCAUGCCAUAAUAGAAGAAUUAGCGAAUUUUGGUGCAACGAUCUAUACAUGUUCAAGAAAUAAAAAGGAUUUGGAUGAAUGUUUGGAGAAAUGGCAAAACAAAGGGUAUAAAGUAAAUGGUUCUACAUGUGACUUGAUUUUAGAAGAUCAGAGAAUCCAGUUGAUUGAAAAUGCCACUGAAUACUUCAAUGGGAAGCUUGACAUCCUCGUAAAUAAUGCUGCUGUAUGUGUACCAAAAGAGACCAACAAAAUUACAUCGGCAGAUUGCUCACUAAUGAUGGGAACAAAUUUUGAGGCUUCAUACAACUUGUGUCAAUUAGCAUAUCCUUUCUUGAAAGCUUCAGGAAAGGCAAGCAUUGUGUUCAUCUCUUCAAUCGCUGGGAUCAUGGCUAUUCCUUUUGUUUCUCUCUAUGCAGCAACAAAAGGAGCAAUAAAUCAAUUAACGAAGAACUUGGCCUGCGAAUGGGGAAAAGAUAAUAUUCGAGUUAACGCUGUUGCACCUUGGAUUAUUGAUACCGCCCUUACAGAUACAGUAGCUGAAGAUUUUGAGUCGAAAGAUGUGGAAAAUUUGAUUAAGAGAACUCCACUAAGCAGGAUGGGAAAACCAAAUGAAGUUUCAUCACUUGUGGCUUACCUAUGUUUUCCUGCUGCUGCUUAUAUAACUGGCCAAAUUAUUUGUGUUGAUGGUGGAAAAACUGUUUGUGGAUUUCCAUAAUUAAUUACUUUCAUGCCUAAAAUGAUAAAGAGAAGUCUUGAUCCAAAUAAGGCUUCAUUUUUGUAUUUUCCACUAAUUGUGAAACGUUCAUAAUGUUUGUCUAGUUUUCGAUGCAGUCAAACAAAAUGUGAACUUUUUAGCCUU